AUGGCAACCACCAAGGGCCAGAACUUUUGUCGUAACGAACACAACGUCACUGGACUUUGUAAUCGCCAGUCAUGCCCCCUUGCGAAUUCACGCUAUGCCACCGUACGCUCCGAUCCUGCAACAGGCGCAAUGUACCUCUAUAUGAAGACAAUUGAACGUGCACAUAUGCCCAGUAAGCUGUGGGAGCGGAUACGCCUACCCUCAAAUUACACUAAGGCACUGGAACAAAUCGAUGAGCGACUGAUAUACUGGCCGAAAUUUUUAAUUCACAAAUGCAAGCAGCGUCUGACUCGCCUCACACAGGUUGGGAUUCGGAUGAAAAAGCUAGUGAAGGAGGAAGAGCGCUUAGGAGAAAAGCUGGUACCGAAACUAGCUCCCAAAAUUAGACAUAGAGAGGCCACCAGAGAGCGGAAAGCGGAGGCCGCCGCAAAGGUUGAAAGAGCAAUUGAAAGGGAACUUAUCGAACGUCUAAGAAGUGGUGCCUACGGUGACAGACCAUUGAAUGUGGAGGAAAAUAUCUGGAAAAAAGUACUGAGAGGAUUGGAACGCCAGGGAGAUGGUGAGCGUGAUGAAGACCUGGACGAGGGUAUUGAGGAGGACUUAGAAGAGGAAGGGGAGGAAGAAGGAGUUGGUGAGGUAGAAUAUGUCAGUGAUUUUGAUGAAGAUGAAGACCUAGAAGACAUUGAGGAUUGGAUUGGCCAUGGCAGCGGAGAUGACAGUUUUGACGAAGAUGACGAGGGAGAGAGUGACAGUGAAGAAGGCAGUUCUGAGGAGAACGAGGACAGUAGUGGUGAUACACAACAAACGAUGUCUGCUCCUAGACCUAAAAGGAAACGUGGGGCGCCGGUACCUACUCCGCGCAAGAAAGGCGCCCGUAUUGAGAUAGAAUACGAGACUGAAGGACCGGUACAGGGGAGUGUUUUUGCAUGA